AUGAUGCUAUUCGAGCAACGGAAGAAGAAGGUGUUGGAGAUAGCGGAGCAAGCCAACGAUGCUCUGAAAACGAUCCAAGAAGUCGGCCAGAAACUUAAUGUCACCAGCGAUACCGUCAAAAAGGUCAUUGAGACGAUCAAGAUCGCCGCGAACUCGUUCGGCGACAAAGCCGUCUAUGCCUCCGCUUUCACCGGCACCGUGGGGGCAGUCGGCAUCGCUGCCAACAUGAUCGCAACGUAUCAAGGGGUGGGCGAGCUGCGGGCGAUCGCAGGACACCUGAAAAGUAUGAGCGAGACACAAAGAGCCGAGCUUGCGCUGGCAGGGGGGACGGCCUUCGCCGAAAAUAUCUAUGUGAUGCUGAAAUCGAAGCUCGAAAAGUCGGACCCCGAGCUCGACUGGUAUUUCGUCUAUCAUCCGGACACAGACUGGACGUAUCAUUUCGAGGAGAAGCUGCGGACAAAGGGUCUUUUGGGUCGGAAUUUCAUUGGCAUUGUGCAUGACCUCGAUGCUCUGGUCGCCUUCAUGUCGUCUGUUCGAGAUGUUUACGCCUCGCGACAUCCACGACGGAGAGCACCUUUCUUCCACCUGGUGAUUCCGGCCUACGAGCCAAUUGUUAUACCCACACCGCUGCUUAUUCCGGAGAAACUGCAUCCAUUCCGGAUCGAGGGCGAUAUUCACCGCGGAACAUACCUAGUGUGGAUGAAUCUACCAGGUGUGGACGAGAAAGCCGUUCAGAAUAUCGGGGUAUUCCAACCGCCGCGGUCGAUAUGGGACAACAUCAUGCUCCAAGUCGGUCUCGUCCAAAACCCACCUCCCCGUUUCCUCGGCUCCAGUACCCAAAAGAUCGAACAGCCCCAGACCACUCAGCUCCCUGAGCCAGCACCCGUUGCAGCUAUCACAGCGCCCGAGCCAGAAAAGGGCGAGAUACCGUCGCUGAAAUCCAUCCGUGGAUCUAUUCGCCGUGCACAAACGUACCAGGACAGCGAGGCGGGAUCGACACACAGUUCCCGAUCGCAUUCUCGCCGAAGACGCAGGCGACAUCGCUCGAACAGUGUGAGCUAUAUAUUCACCUGA